CACCGUCCUUCCACUCAGCCAGUCAAACUUUUCAAGACAAGCAACCAUGUGUGACGAUGACGAGACCACUGCUCUUGUCUGUGACAACGGCUCUGGGCUGGUGAAAGCUGGCUUUGCAGGAGAUGAUGCUCCCAGGGCUGUGUUCCCAUCUAUCGUGGGUCGCCCACGUCACCAGGGCGUCAUGGUAGGCAUGGGACAGAAGGACUCCUAUGUUGGGGAUGAAGCUCAAAGCAAGAGGGGUAUCCUCACCCUGAAGUAUCCCAUUGAGCAUGGCAUCAUCACUAACUGGGACGACAUGGAAAAGAUCUGGCAUCACACCUUCUACAAUGAACUUCGUGUGGCCCCUGAAGAGCACCCUACACUGCUCACAGAAGCUCCACUUAACCCAAAAGCCAACAGAGAAAAGAUGACACAGAUCAUGUUUGAAACCUUCAACGUGCCAGCUAUGUAUGUUGCAAUCCAAGCCGUGCUCUCCCUCUAUGCCUCUGGCCGUACCACUGGUAUUGUGCUGGAUUCUGGUGAUGGUGUCACCCACAACGUCCCCAUAUAUGAAGGUUAUGCUUUGCCUCAUGCCAUCAUGCGUCUGGACCUGGCAGGUCGCGACCUAACUGACUACCUCAUGAAGAUCCUGACUGAACGUGGUUAUUCAUUUGUCACAACAGCAGAAAGAGAAAUUGUGCGUGACAUCAAGGAAAAAUUGUGCUAUGUUGCCCUGGACUUUGAAAAUGAAAUGGCAACAGCUGCUUCAUCCUCCUCCCUGGAGAAGAGUUAUGAAUUGCCAGACGGCCAAGUUAUCACCAUUGGUAAUGAGCGUUUCCGCUGCCCUGAGACCCUGUUCCAGCCUUCUUUCAUUGGCAUGGAAUCUGCUGGCAUCCAUGAGACCACCUACAACAGCAUCAUGAAAUGUGACAUUGAUAUCCGCAAGGACUUGUAUGCCAACAACGUUCUCUCUGGUGGUACCACAAUGUACCCAGGUAUUGCUGACCGUAUGCAAAAAGAAAUCACUGCCCUGGCUCCAAGCACCAUGAAGAUCAAGAUCAUUGCACCACCUGAACGCAAGUACUCUGUCUGGAUUGGAGGCUCCAUUCUUGCAUCUCUCUCAACCUUCCAGCAAAUGUGGAUCACCAAGCAAGAAUAUGAUGAAGCUGGUCCUUCCAUUGUCCACCGUAAAUGCUUCUAAGCAUGUGACUGUAUGGUGCAAAUUUUUAAGUGGAGCAAUCACAGUAUAAAUAAAAAUUAUGUUUACUAUAAGGUACAAUGAAGACCUACAGAGACUAAUAUGUAAGUGACAUCAUGGAGCUAUAGUUUACCUCCCCAAUUACACUACAGCAACCGGACUCUUCUGUUUCCCAAACUAAUUUAAUAUAGAAGAGGGUAGAUAUAUAUAAAUGUUGAAGAGCCUGCUAUAAUCAACCAGCAAUGCAUGUAUUUAGUGGCUUUGUUACUUUAUCACAUCAACCCAAGUUGAAAGCCACCUGUACUAUUGGGGGGGAGGGAUAGAGUGGGUGCAAUCUGCAUUGUCUAUAUCUAAUUGCUUGUUAAGGAAACAUGGCUCAUUCCAAAAUCUUUGCAAUACCUAAAUCCUUGAUGUAUUUGGCACAAACUGCUGCUAUGUUAUAUGUAUCAUUAUUCACAUGUACAUUUAUUGUGUUUUUUUACAUCUCGAUAGGUAAUAAUAAUAUGUGUCAUGUAGAUUUAACUUUCUUGAAUAAUUCGGCACUGAAAUUGUUUACUGUGAAGGGAAAACAUAAUAAAACUUUUGCAAUGCUA